AUGACGAGGAUAACGACGACGUCGCUAUCCAUUCUAAUCGUAUUAACAUCGGCGAUCUUGCAUCUCCGGCAAGCAUCGUGUUUCGACAAGACCAAGCUAGGAGGCUUAAUAGAAGACAUAGUGGCGGAGGUUGACGAAGUAGCCGCCCGGUACCAAGCUCCGCCCUCCGUACGACCACCGCCCAAGGCAAUGCAGGUCGGCGGAGUUUAUUACCCGAUCGGUUACGGGGCCGAUCCGACGGGCCACAACGACAGCUCCGAUGCGAUACAAAAGGCCCUCAACGACGCUUUCUCGCAACGUGGCGAAGAGAAGCGUUACUUGAUGCGUCCCAUGAAGGACUUGGGUGGCGCCGUCAUCGAUCUCCAGGGUGGAAGUUACUUGAUCUCCAAACCCAUUACUUUCCCGCCGACGGCCGGCAACAUCAUGAUGAAAGAGGGGAGUCUGAGAGCGAGCCAGGACUUCCCUCCGAACCGUUACCUAGUCGAGCUGAUGUCCCCGGAAUCCGAGAUCCUCAUCUACAAAACCGAGUCGGUCCACCGGCUCCACGGCCGGUGGAUCUACUACGAGGACGUCACCUUCCGUGACAUCCUGUUCGACUCGGCCCGGCGCGGGGGCGGGCUCCUGAUCGUGAACUCCCUCCGCACCCGCAUCAUCAACUCCUACUUCCUCAACUUCACCACUCAGGGCAUCCUCGUCCAGGGCGGGCACGAGACGUACAUCGCCUCCUGCUUCCUCGGCCAGAAAUCCACCGUGGGCGACGACGAGCAUGAGGCGGACUUCUUCGGCACGGCCAUCGACCUCGCAAGCAACGACAACUCCGUCACCGACACAGUCCUCUUCAGCUCCCAAACGGGGCUCCUUCUUCGAGGGCAGGCCAACAUGGUCAGCGGCCUCCACGUGUACAACAAGGGCGUCAAGUACCGUGGCACGGGAAUCUACGUCAAAGAAAGCGCGGCGUUUAAUCGGAUCGACAAUAGUUACAUGGACUAUACCUCGAUCGUCAUGGAGGACCCGUAUUUUGUCCAUUUGACCAACUCGAUGUUCUUAGGGGACGGGAAUGUGGUGCUGAAGUCGGUUUACGGGAGGAUGGCGGGGUUGACGGUGAGGGACAAUUUUUUCCAUGGGUUUAAGCGUGAGAUUGUGGAGGUGGAGGGGGAGUUCAAGGUAGUGGAUCAGGUGGUGGUGGAUGGCAAUCAGGCGAAUAAGGCGAUGCCGGUGAGGUCAACGGUCGGGAGGGUGACGGUGGCGGGGAAUGGGACCAAGUGGGUGGCGGAUUUCAAUGAUCAGUUGCUGUUUCCGGACAAGAUUGAUCACUUUCAGUACUCCUUUUAUGUGAAGGGAAGGGGAAGGGGAGGGAGGUUGCCGGUGCAUGCGGCGACGAAUGUGUCGGGGAAUGUGGUGGUGGUGGAGAGCGACGAGGCGGUGGACGCGGUGGUGUCGGUGGUGGUUGAUCAGUUUAAGAAGGUAAGAGAAGCCACGUAUUAA